UCAUGCAUAUUUGGGUUAUUCAGGUCUUAGAACAAGUAUUGCUCAAUUUGCGCUUCAUCAAAGAAGUGUUUGAGCUUCUCUUCGGGGCAGUCUUUUAUUUUUUCGAAGCGUUUGUGAGGCUUUUUGUUCCUCACACCAGGAAAGAUGUGGAAGGUGAAGUAGCUCUGGUAACCGGGGCUGCCAAUGGACUAGGAAAACGGAUAGCAAACGAGUUGGGACGACUGGGGGCCACUUUAGUUCUUUGGGAUGUGAACUGGGAAGCACUGGACAGAACUGCAAAGGAGCUGCGCCGAAACCUGGACGUGCGAGUUUACGCUUAUGCAUGCGAUUGCAGCAGGAGGACGGAGGUCUAUAGAGUUGCUGAAAUGGUGAAGAGGGAAGUUGGGGAUGUGUCCAUCCUUGUGAACAAUGCUGGUGUGGUUACUGGGAAGUACACUUUUACAGAAGCACCUGACAUCCUGGUGGACAGAACACUAAGACUCAAUGUUGCUGCUCAUUUUUGGACUUACAAGGCAUUCCUCCCAGCAAUGAUAGAAAGGAACCAUGGACACCUAGUCUGCGUGUCUUGUCAUGGAGGAUUGUUUGCCAUGAAUGGCCUUGCAGACUACUGUGCAAGUAAAUUUGCAGCCAUUGGUUUUGCUGAAUCCAUUGCCCUGGAACUUCUUGUCCUUAAGAAGGAGGGAAUUAAAACAACCAUAGUGUAUCCAUAUCUAUUUGACACAACAAUGUUCCAAGGAUGCAGAACCAAGUGGCCAUUCUUACUUCCAAUAAUGAACCAUAGAGAAGCUGCUAAGAUGAUAGUGGAUGCAGUUUUGAGAGAGAAGAUGCACCUAAUGCUGCCAGGAAGUUUGUACUUCUUGAUGGCGCUUAAGAGUUUUAUGCCAGCCAAACUUGGCAUUAUCUUCAUCAGCUUUUUUGGAGGCUUGGAUCUGAUGGAUCACUUCCAAGGUGUUCCCAUUCCCACUAGUACCUACAAAAGAACUCUACACGAAUUAAACCACAGCAUCAGUGAACUACAGAGCACCUUUUAUGAUUAACUGCAACGUUUUAAGUUUUGUACAACCUUAGUUAUCAAUACAAAACAAAAAAUCCAGUGUUGGGAUAGAAGUAUUGGGGCACCUACACAUAACACUUACAUGAUGUUUCCAUUCUAAAUCUUUUUUUAAAUAAGUAUGUACUUUGUCGCCACUUUGCAGAUUAACAACAUCCACUCUUCUUUAAAUGGUUUCUAUUUGAAUUUUAAGCAUGUCUAUGAAAAGUUUAAUUAAGAAGAGCCCUUAAUGUUGGACAAGAAAAUGUAUUCUAGUUACUUGAUUGAUAAGAUGAUGUUUGUGUGGGUUGAGGUUAGGUGUCUGUGCAGGCUAGUCAUUCUCCACCACAGUCUUACCUUUGCCUCUAUAAAUAUUGCUUUUAUUGAUUCAAUAGAACUUUUGCACUAUGCACUAUAAUGUGAUGAUGUGGAAAUUCUGGGCUGAUAUCUGAGAUAUUGGUAUUUACAAGUAGACACCGCAGUAUAACUCUUGAAACUAAUUUAAGCUUUCAACCAACUGUAUGCAAACAAUUAAAUAAAAGCUAUCUCCUAAAAAUUGUUUUACAUUUUCGGUUUCAUAUUUUUGUUGGUUUUACAUUUAUUUAGCUUACAUACAUUGGUCACAGCUUUAAACUCUCUUUUUUCAAUUAAUGAUACAUAAAAUAAUAGAUCUAAUGAAACCAAUACGAAUAAAAAACAUUUAUGUAACAUAUAUGUUACAUUACAAUGCAAGUUCAAUUAUACCAGUAGUCAUUAGUAGUAGAAGACCUAGGACCAGCAUUUUUACAAAACAUGCCAUUAAUCUACAAAAGUUUAGUGUUUUCAGUAAUUGUAAUAAUCUUAUACACAUUAAGCCAUCUCAUAUUACUGUAAACCAAAAGGAAAACAGAUAAUCCAAUGAGUAAUCUUGAAAUAAAAAAAAAAGAAAAGGUUUAGGUAUUAUCCAUUUAAAUAUUAGAAGCCUACUACAGAAAGAUGGAUGUGAAUGGAUCAUCUUAAAAUCCUGGUUGCACAAUCUGAUCCUGAUAUAAUAGUUUUAACAGAGACCUGGCUUAGUCAUAUAACCAAUGAUGAAGUUGUAGUUUUAAAUAAUUUUUAUCCUUCAUAGAAAAGAUAGAAUUUCAAGGGGAGGGGGAGUUGCUAUUUACACCCGAGUAAAUACAGACUACGGUUUUAUGUGCAGUAUCUAAAGAAAAAUGUUAUGAGUUUUAGCCCUUAAGGUUUCACUUGGGAAAAAAUAACUCUCUUGUUUUAAUUGGGAUAUACAGGCCUCCCUCUGCCGCAGGAAUUAGCUGAUCUUUUAUCUAAAUUUAGUAGUUCUGAAUUGCUGGUCCUAGGUGAUUUUAACCUCAACUGGCUUUCUAAUGCAUCCGAUCACUUAAAGGAAAUAUGUGGAAAUCUUACCCUAACACAAUUAAUCAAUGAACCAACUCGUCCAAAUCUGAAAGAACCUACCAAGUCAACCCUGAUAGAUCUAAUACUGUCCAAUAAAGCUGACAAAAUUACUGCCUCAGGAGUUUUUGAUCUUGGCAUAAGUGAUCAUUGUCCCAUCGGAUGCAUUAGAAGCAGUUGUACAAACAAAACAGGCUCUCGAUUGGUGGUUAGAAGAAAUUUUAAUAAUUUUAACGAGCAAGCUUUUCGUUCUGACUUGGCAAUGAGUAAAAUCUACCUUACUUCAGAAAUCCCUGAUGUGGAUGGGGCACUAAACAAUUUCAGUAAAACUUUUCUAACAGUGGUAAACAAACAUGCCCCUGUCAAAAAGUCAAGAAUAAGAGACAUGUCAAGCCCCUGGUUUACAGGUGAAGUUUCCUCCAUUGUUUAAGGCCAGAAAUAAAGCUUGGUCAACUGCUAGACGCUCAGGGGAGAGAGACCAUUGACUUACUUUUAGACUAAAUAUAUGUACUUCUGUUGUUAGAAAAGCUAAAUCAGAAUAUUACCUCAACUUAAUCACCAGCUCUAGAAACCUUCAAAACUUCUGAAAAAGUAAUAAAUAGUAGUAAAUUCCCUCAAAAAUAAUUCUCAUCCCUUUCCAUCCAGUGUUUUAGUUAAUGAUAAGCUAAUUUCUGGCCAGGAAAAUAUGGAAAUAUGUCAAGCUUUUAACACACAUUUUGCUGCAGCUGGCCACAUCUUUGAUAAAAAUAGCACAAACAUAUUGAAUAAAACUGAUCCCAACUCUACUGUUUCUAAAACACAUGGUCUCAUCUCACUUUAG